AUGGAAGAUAACGCCUUGUGGCCAAGACACUUUCUUGGUCUCAUAUUCCAGGUUUUGGCUGUGACGUACGUCUUUAUUAUGCAGUCAACUCGAGAAAACAAGCUAUGGUGGCCAACACUGUUGCUAAUUUUCCCAGGACUUGUAAAGUAUGGCGAGCGAACACGUGCUUUGUAUCUUGCCAGCUUAAGCAGUCUCAAGGACUCCAUACUUGCAGUACCGGACACUGGACCGGAUUAUGCAAAGUACAUGGAUGAGUACUCUUCAAGAAAAGCUGCCAAUCUUCCAAUUCAUAUACACACCGAAACAGGCCGUGGCCCAGAAUCCAAGAGUGAGACUUACCCUGAGGAAGAAGCAGGCGGCGACAAAAUUGAUAAUAUUGUUGUGGUGCGGCUUGCUCAUGAAUUCUUUAAAAUCUCCAUGGGUCUUAUUAUAGAUAUUGUUCUUGAUUUUCAUCAGCGCAAGCAGAGCCGUGCCUAUUUCGAUAAGAGAACAUCCGAAGCGGCUUAUACAUUGAUUGCAACAGAGCUCAACUUUAUGUAUGAAGCUCUUUACACCAAAGCUUAUGUGGUGCAUUAUGUGUGGGGAUACGUUUUAAGGGCUAUAUCAUUUGGAACGGUUUGUAUAGCCCUUGGUUUCUUCUAUAAGUUGGACAAGCAUGGCUUCCACAGGUUUGAUGUUAGAAAUACCUAUUCCUUGCUCUUGGGUGCAAUAGCCCUAGAUUCAAUAGCUAUUUCGAUGCUUAUCUUGUCUGAUUGGACUGUUGUAAUUAGCAAGUGUCGCCCAAAUUCUUGUUUAGCCACUAAUCUCAUGAACAAGCACCUCAAUUUGAAGAGAUCUUUAUGGUCUACCACUGAAAUACCAACGAAGUGUUUAGAGGGGACCAGGAAGAUUUUAUUUCAAAGAUGGUCUGAAUCUGUCUCUGCAUUCAGCUUUAUAGAUUAUUCUCUCCACGAAUAUGGAAGAGCACCACCUACAGUUAUGGACUAUGCAGGCUUUUUGGGCAUUAAAAUAAUCAGAUUCAUGGGUCUCAAGGAUAUUCGAGAUGAGAUCAAAUAUAGAACCAGCAAGAAACUCUCUGGGGAACUGUGGAAGUUCAUUUUUGAAGAGUUGAAAAGUAAAUCGGAGGAUGCAGUUGAUCCUCAAAAUGGCAGCAAAAUAUGUUCAGCAAGAGGGGAGUGGAUUCUUAAGGAGUACUACUAUGGGGAUGGCGGGCCACUGUUUAACAAUUUAAGAUCGCGAAUUUAUCUUGCAGGGGAGUGGAUUCUUAAGGAGUACUACUAUGUUACUUAUGACCGAAGCAUUCUGUUGUGGCACAUUGCAACCGAGUUGCGCUAUCACGAUGAGAAGCCUCAGAAUAGCAAUGCUGGUGAUCAUAAGAAUAGCAAUGCUGGUGGUGAUGAUGGUGAUCAUCGAGAGUUUAGUAAGACAUUGUCUGAUUAUAUGUUAUAUCUCUUAGUUAUGCAGCCUGAUUUGAUGUCUUCUGUAGCGGGAAUUGGUCAGAAAAGAUUUUCUGAUACUUUUGCAGAAGCCAAACAAUUCUUUGAAAAAAGGGCACUGGGAUCGGAUGAAACACUGGAAAAUGCUUGCAGAAAACUCCUCGAAGUAAAUACAGAAAUUAAACCUGUUGAUGUCAAAGGGAAUAGAAGCAAGUCUGUAUUGUUUGAUGCAUGUAUUCUGGCAAGGGAGCUGAAGAAUUUGAGAUGGAAAUUCAUAAGUGAAGUGUGGGUGGAAUUACUAUCAUAUGCUGCAAGUCAUUGCAGACCAAGUAGCCAUGCCCAAUUGCUGAGUAAAGGUGGAGAGCUUGUCACUUUUGUUUGGUUAUUAAUGGCUCAUUUUGGCAUAGCAGAGCAGUUCCAAGUGCAAGAGGACCAAGCAAGAGUAAAACUGACAGUUGGAAAGCCAGCGGAUGAAGUCUUUUAUUGGUCUGGUGAAAAGCCACCCGAGUCAAAAGCCACCGGGUCAAUUCAAUAA